AUGGCUUACUACUGGUACAACUUCAUGCCGUUGGCACGCGGCACAGCCAUGAACGGAUAUGUCAUGACCCUCGCCCUCCUGCUCGCUGUCGACCUUCGAGUCUCGCAGCCCAUUGCUAGAGGCGUGCAGGUGGACUGGGAGUCCAUCCUCUGCCCCUCAUCCGACAUAUUCAUCACCAGCGUCUCCUCCUGGCUCUACCCAUCGCUGGUGGUGGCUCCAGAUGCUGCCAGCAUUCCCAGCGUGCGAGAGCACUUCCCUACCAUCGGCGAUGUUAUCGAGGCACUCAGUAGUGCGUUCACUGAGUGA